UUAAUGCACAAAGAAAUGGGUACCAAUGAUCCUCUUCUUCUUUCUUAUUCUUCUUCAGAUAAACAGAAACAAUAUGAAGGAGAUAAUGAUAGUUUUAGUUACACAGAUAAAAAGACACAUAUUGUUGUCAAGUUGAUAAAAUGGUUUCUAAAAUUUGCAAUGUGUUUUAUAUUCAAUGCUUGGAUUGGUUUUUUGUUCUUACUGCCAUCAAAAUCCGUGAGUGAAUUUUCUGAGAAUUAUGCUGAAUAUACUUCUGGAUCCAUCAUCUGGGUUACAGGAAGUAUCUUUCUAUAUGGUGGUCCAAUAUUCAUCAUUGCAUUUCUUGGUAUACUUUACCUUAAGAUAUCUGGGGAACAACAGUUUCGAAAACAGAAGACGAAACCAAAGCACGCAACGUUCCGACUAUGGACAUUCCCAGUUAUUGUAGAUGGACCAUUUGGGAUUGUGACAGCUGCCGAGUUGAUUGGUAUUCUACUAGUUGCUGUGUAUGUCAUAUGGGCUGUUUCAGUUUACGCUAUUCAGAACUACAACCUUAUUCCCUACUUUGAGAGUCAAGGAAAGAGGAAUGUAAUGCUGAAGCAUACGGGACUGCGGUUCGGGUCUAUUGGAUUGAUAUGCUUAAUGUUUAUGUUUUUGCCAGUUGCAAGGGGUUCAAUUCUGCUACGUGUUGUAAAUAUUCCUUUUGAGCAUGCAACUCGAUAUCAUAUAUGGUUGGGACAUCUUACCAUGACCCUCUUUACUCUUCAUGGUCUGUGUUAUUUCUAUUCGUGGAUAUUGGAGGAUCGUGUAGUACAUCAAUUAUUUAAUUGGAAGAAUUACAGUAUUGCCAAUCUUCCUGGUGUCAUUGCCUUAUCAGCAGGCUUAUUGAUGUGGGUGACAUCACUUCCUCCAGUGAGGAGGCUCAAUUUCGAACUAUUCUUCUACACUCAUCAGUUAUAUGUUGUCUUUGUUGUCUUUAUGGCUAUGCACAUUGGCGAUAAGUUUUUCAGUGUGAUAGUUGCUGGCUUGUUUCUCUUUAUGCUUGAUCGAUUUCUUAGAUUCUUUCAGUCACAAAAGACUGUUGAUGUACUCUCCGCAAAAUGCCUUUCGUCCGGGACCCUAGAACUUAUUAUUUCAAAGCCUGAAGAUUUACGGUACAAUGCCCUCAGUUGGGUGUUCAUCCAAGUUCAAGAAUUAUCUUGGCUGCAAUGGCAUCCUUUUAGUGUCUCGUCUAGCCCUCUAGAUGGUAAACAUCAUCUUUCUGUUCUCAUUAAGGUCCUUGGAAAUUGGACAAAGAAACUAAAAGGACACAUCGUGAGUGUCAGUGAGGAGCGCACUGAUCUAGUUGGGCUCAUUCAACCAAAGUUAAACCUUAAGGCAUCUGUCGAGGGGCCUUACGGUUAUGAAUCACCUUACCACUUGCUGUAUGAAAAACUUAUUUUAGUAGCUGGCGGCAUUGGGAUUUCACCAUUUCUCGCUAUCUUGAGUGAUAUUCUCCACCGUACUAAAGACUCAAAACCUUGUAUGCCUAGAAAUAUAUUGAUAAUAUGGGCUGUCAAAACAUCAGAAGAGCUUCCACUUCUCGACUCACUUGACUUAAACUUGCUCUUUCCAGACUUCUACACUAAACUGAAUCUGGAAAUUCAGAUGUAUGUCACUCAAGAAUCAGAACCUCCACUGGAAGAGGGUGAAGUACAAAAGUAUAUUAGCUCUCAGGUCUUUUCUUCACCCAACCGAUAUGACAUGUCUACAUUGGUUGGAACAGGAAGCAUCAUGUGGGCCGGAAUUUAUGUGGUGGUGUCAACAAGUGGUUUUCUGGCUUCUUUGACCAUGUUAAAUGUCUUUUACAUCAGCCCGUAUGAUAUAUCCUAUCAAUGGUAUAAGGGUCUUCUAGUAUUAAUUUGCAUGGCUGCAAGUGUCAUAAUAUUUGGAGGUCUUGUGAUUGGUCUAUGGCAUAUCUGGGGUAGAAAGCCUUCUCCAAAUGAAAACUCCGAGGAUGAGAAGAGUAAUGUUGGCAUACAGCAUAAUGAGACUACCACAUACAAUAUAUCAUCAGACGAAACUUUCAUCAAGACCAAAAUUUACGGUCAAAGACCAGUCAUGAAAGAAAUACUUGGAACAAUGGCUGAGCGAUGGGGAAAUGUGGAUAUUGGGGUGAUUGUGUGUGGGCCUCCAGCUCUUCGUACAAGUGUUGCAAAAGAGUGCAGGUCUAAGAAUAUUGGAAGAAGGAGCAAUAAUCCGAUCUUCCAUUUCAACAGCCACAGUUUCGAUCUGUAGGUACCCUUGUGUAUUGUGUGGAAUUUAAAAUUAGUAAGUAUAUCAGUAUAUAUGUAGGAGCCUAGUUUGUAUGUCUGAUAGAUGGUGCUGUAGCACAAAAAACUUCUAUUCAUAUUCAUAUUUAUAUUCCCUGUGUAUGUAUGGGAGAAUAUGGUACUUUUAUUUAAAUAACUUACUAUCAAAUAUUCUGAUUUAUAUAAAUCGGAGAACAAAUUAGUUCGAUUUGUUCAAAA